CAUCAAUCGUUGAGCGCGGGCCACCAAACUCGGCGAGCUGCGAGGGGGGCUGCUAGUCUAUCGCACACGACCCUACCACUCCAUCUCAUCUUCAUUCACGUCUUCACGUCCGCAACACAGAGCAGAGCAGAGCAAAGUCCUUUUGUUCUCGCUACGCCUUACGGCCACGUACGCAUCUCUCUCUCCUUGAGACAUCAACGUCUGCCGGAGGGCCAAGAUGUCAUCUAACGGUCCUCGAGCCCCGAGCAAUGGCAGGCCACAACAUCAAGAUACCCAGGCAGCAGCCUCAUCAUCAACAGAGCCAAACGGCAACAACGCCCGCUCAGUCUCCAUUUCGAUACCACCAGCAGUCGCUCGCCCCCGCAAAACAUCCUUCGACGGAGGCAAUGCCUCUCUCGUCUCCUCUAUCGCCAAUCUAUGCAACACAAUCAUAGGCACGGGCAUGGUUGCCCUGCCCGGCGCUUUUGUCUACACUGGCUGGCUCCUAGGCGUCUUCCUCAUUAUCCUCUGUGGCUGCACUGGGGCACUGGGACUAUACCUGCUCACCAGGUGUGCAAAUAAGCUGGGUGGCAGGAGACAGAGUUUCUUCAGCGUGGCUUUGAAGACCAUCCCAAAAGGAGCCAGGUGGUUUGAUCUGGCCAUUGCACUAAAGUGCUACGGCGUCUCCAUCUCCUACCUUAUCAUUUCCGGCCAACUUAUGCCACAAGUGGUGCUCUCAUUCCUCAAAGCUGCUGGUCACGAGCACGAGGCCAUACCGCCUCUUCUCCUCGACAGGGACUUCUGGGUGACCCUCCUCGUUGUCCUCCUCAUGCCGCUCUGCUUCCUCCGCAAACUCGACUCGCUCCGCCAUACUUCCUAUUUGAGUUUGACAGCAGUGGCAUAUCUGGUGGUGAUCGUGGUAGUCUUUGCGGCGAGCCCCACUGCGAGGAGCACACUGCCCGAAAGGGGGGAGGUGCAUGCACUGGUGUUCUCGCCGCACAUCCUGGCCAUCUUCCCCGUCUUCGUCUUCGCCUUCACCUGCGCGCAGAAUAUGCUGCCCGUCUACAACGAGCUCUCUGCCUCUGACCCGCUCAUGCACCUCGAUCGAGCCAAGUCUGCCAUUGGGUCCGCGAUUGGUGGGGCUGGGAGCGUCUACGUCGCCGUAGGCGUGUUGGGCUACUUGGAGUUCGGGAGCAACCUGGGAGAUAACAUCAUCGCCAUGUACCCCUCCUCCUCCGUCUUCGUCGCAGUAGGCCGCCUCUCCAUCGUGCUCCUCACAAUCUUCUCCUACCCCUUGCAAGUCCAUCCUUGUCGUGCAGCUCUGGACAAGGUCAUUUCUCCACCGUCACAAAGGCCGGGGAUUGAGCUGCCAGCAGGGGACGACGAGCGUCGCAACACGCGAAACGAUGAAGACGAGGAUGAAGACGAUGAGGAUGACGCGCGCGGGUACGAGACGCUUCUGGCCAGCCAAACGUCCCUUAUCUCAUCAGCGGGCGGCUCUCCACCCGACGAGAUCUCUCUCCAACGUUGGGUGAGCCUGACCGCCUUUCUCCUCGCAACGACCUUUUCCGUUGCCCUUCUUGUAGACGACCUCUCCAUCAUCCUAGGCUUUGUGGGCGGGAUGGGCUCAACGACCAUUUCCUUCAUCCUGCCUGGCAUUCUGUACAGCAGCCUGCACGACGAUGGCGAUCGCUUCAAGAGGCCGGCGAAGGUGUUGGCUUGCUGGGGUCUGUUUGUGGGGGUAGUUAGUGUGACGAGUAAUGUGGUCAAGUUGACGCACAGCGCGGUGAAUAACGGUGGGGAUGGCAAGGCGGAUCGACUGGCGGCCUUGGUCGGGAGGAGCGCCGAGGUUUGGAAGCUCGCUGCUGAGGCUAGGCGUGCACAGAAGUAGCGUAGAG